GGCCGGCCGGGUACGAGUACGGUGUGGGGUACAAUCGAGUGUGCUGAUGUCAAGUGCAGUCACGAUGUGUGAAUUGUCAUGAUAGUAGCAAAGCCCUUUCCGUGAAUUCCGUCCGUUUUCCGCGAUCGCGGAAAAUCACUGUCCCUACUACCGGUACCCAUUUACCUCACCUGGGUUGAGUGCAGCACAUUGUGGAUCAGAUUCAAGUGAUUUUUUUUUUUACAGCAAAUCACCAGUUCUUAGUUUCACUCCUUUGAUGUCAUCCAAGGAAAUAGCAGGAUUUGUAUUCGCUUCCUGUGAUGGGAAAACAAGAAUGUAACACGGUUAGCAGGCAAUAUCAACAUGAUAGAGAGUAGAUGGCAGCUUGGUUAGACUCAUUUCUCCAGCCACUGCCAGCCAAGAACUUGUAUCCAUGAAUGGAAUCAUACUGCCUGAAGAUGAUGAUGAGCGAUCUAACUCCUGGAUGUGAUCACCAAGACUAUAAUCAAGUAACCUGUGGCACGAACAUUUUAAGGACAACUUAUCUGAUAUGAAGAACAAGUUCCAGUAUGAGAAGAUACCAUAUUGAACUCAUCGAAUCGGUAUACCCAUCAAAUCCGGCGGUACCUGGCGGGAAGUUGAGUGAAUUUACACUUUUAUAGCAACAGAACAUGGCAGAAAAGACAGGAGAUCAAACACAAGAGAUGGAGAGGAUGGUGGACAAGCUUGAAGCUAUGUUUCAGAAGACAGAGUCUGAUGUGGAGUACAUGUCCAGAAAGCUUGAGAAUGAGUUUCAAGAAGGAGCCCAAGAAAAGAAUCAGACUUCACCGCUUGAGCUUAGCCAGCGAUUAGAACAGGUCAAACAUGAUUAUAAAAGCAUCAUGGAGGAAACAGAAGGUAUCAAGAAAGCGCAAGAGGAGAUGAUCUCUAGCAUCAAACAACAGCUCAUGGCAGCUUCGCAUGCAAUACAGAAGCUUCAUCAAACAACAGGGACAGAGCUCCCCGAUGUGUCUGAGCAGGAAGCUCUAGUACAGUCAUUACUUGGAAUCUCAUUAUCAUCUUCAGCACCCGUUCCUGUAUCUCAAGGUUCAGUGCCAAGCCAACCGCAAACAGAGCAGAGCAGUGUACCUUCUCUACAGCUUGACGAGGAGUUACACAAUGCUGAAGAAGAGGAAAAUCUUUCACCCAUCGAUACAACAUUUGAUAUAAGUCCCUCUCCGGCAGAGCUUCGAGCCGGGUCUAGUGAGAUGGUCCCUGUCACAGAAGAGGAGUUUACAUCAGUCUCAGAUCUCAUUAGAGGAAGAGCAAAACUAGAAGAUGUGAACAGGGUAUACAGUAGGCUGUAUGAUCACUUCAAAACCGAAAGAAACACUGCUCCAUUGAGUGUACCUGAAAUGAGUAAAAUGGGUAUGAAGAUUACAGGGGCGACAGGAGAAGCCAAGCUCAAGACACUGCGAUCACUGAAGAUAAUCAAUAUAACAAGAACUGGAGCCGUCAAAUUAUCAUGAUAGAUAAAUGUCUGGUGAUUGAGCUAGGCCUUUACUUGCCAUUCUAGGUUGCAGAAAUCAGCCCAAGAAUAUUAAAGGGGAAAUUCACCUCGACAUUGAGUUGGUAGGGAGAAUGGUAUAGGGAGGAACUUCAAUUCGGUGGAUUCACGAUACGGCGCGCCAUCGGUUGCAGCGAACAGGCCAAAUUUCUAACUUUGUGGUAGACAUCGCAUGCAGGCAGCGCACAGUGCUAGUGCUUCAAAAAUGAAAACAAUGUGGCAAAAAAUCACCCAAAACAUCUAAAUUUUGCACAGAAAUAUGCAGGCAAAUUUCUCUCCUACCUCCUGGACCCUAGUAAAGAGCAUAUCCGGUCGAGCUGCGUCGGCCAGUGCUGAAUAAUCGCAUGCUUGCAUUCACUUUAGUACUAGCACAUGCAACAGAUGUCGACUUUUUCCCAUGAUGCAUUGCAAAUUUUGGCCUGUCCGCUGCAACCGAUAGAUGGCACACUGUAUUGUUAAUCCACCGAAUUUACAAGUCUGUCUUUCAACUAAUAGACGAGUACGGAUAAUUCUUUUGUUUGUCAUGAUUAUUACAAAUUAUCUUUAUAUUCCCAUUCAUGAAAGACUAAUUGUUAUUAUGGUAAUGUUAGCAUGUUGUUUAAUGUAUUCUUUUACAGGAAAUAUAACAAUAGCAGUAUCAAAAUAAUGGCACUCUAGGUAUUGUUAUCGUUUUAGGUGACGGAUGCUUUAUAACAACUACUUCAUCUGUGCCGCCACUUAUUACCGUGUUUAUCCUGUGAAUAAAUUGUUUCGUUUUGUAGGAUGAAGAAGUACUCGCAUUGACAUAUUGAAAAGUAUCAUUUGACCUAAACUCUAUGGUCACAUUGGUCAUCUUUUGCUAUUGUAUUAUCAACAUUACCUUAGAGUUUUAGAAGAAAGGAAAAUUAUCUAUAGGAGCAACAAAUAAUAUAGGUUUUGCUGCACAUGUCUGUCCCUCAGAGUGUCCAGAAUACAAUAUGUUGAGGGUCGAGGCAUUAGGCUUAUACACAAGGAGAGCGAUGCUUACUGGAAGAAUGGUGUGUGGUAUGCUAUUGAGACAUGAAUUUUUUAUCAUACGGUACAUAUUUUUAUAGAUAUGACUAAAUAGUCUGUUGGGUGAUUCUUGUUUGACCUCAAGGUUUGCUAUUAAGAAUACAACAGUACCUUGAAAGGAGAUUUUGAUUUUGAAUCCUUCAAAAAAGUUAUUAAACUGCCAAUAAUGCAUCCUGAUUUGGGGAUUUGUAGUGACACAGGAAAUGCCUGUAAUUAAGCUGUAUAUUUGGGAUUCGGCAAUGAUUAUGUCCCAGCAAAAGACAUUCCCCAGCCUUCUUGGGCAUUCUCUGGCCAAAGAGAUAUAACGUCUUUUAACCAUAAUGCACGUUUGUCAUAAAACUUGAUUCCACCCCGAGUGGUUGCCAACACCUGUUACUUGGUAUACUUCCUCAUGGUAUCAGAGUCCCCAUAAGAGCUUACACUUUACAGUCCAUGGUGUUUACAGUGAUAAUCAAAUACCAACAUAGACAAUGCCUUGCAGCACUAAUGUAACUUGUUGAACAAUGUCCAAGAGUGUUCUGAAGUCUGAAUGGUUUCACUGGGUCACACGAUUCAUUGGAUUGCACUGUAUUAUCCAGAUGUACUACUACCAUGCUGCACUUAAUACCAGGGUAAAGGUAUAGUGCAUUUGAAGUCAUCUGCACUCAGAAUGAUGUCGACCUCUACUUUGCAUAGCAUGUAUGUAUGUUUAGGUGAAUGGCUCAUGAUGCUCGAACGGAAUAGGAUAGCGACUUGCCACAAGGAUUUACACACUGCACUCAGUCCUGCGGACCGCGAUGCGGUUAAUACAUGUUGUUUCUUGCACGUUGUUUAUUAUUUGGCACUGAAUUCAUGCACUCAUGUUCAUUAUUUGUAUACUGUCUUCAUACUUUGCUUCAGUCAACCCUUGUUAGAAUGCUUUUGUGAGAAAUCAUGUCAUAAACCAACCAUUUUGUUCAUUAUUUGUAUACUGUCUUCAUACUUUGCUUCAGUCAACCCUUGUUAGAAUGCUUUUGUGAGAAAUCAUGUCAUAAACCAACCAUUUUGAAAGCAUCCCACUUUAUUUGUGAAAGGUCAGGUAGACCAUUAAAUGUAUCCCUUAAAUAUACAUAAAGUGGGAAUGGAUAAUUUGACAUUAUGUUAAUGUCAUGAGGCAAAUAUAUACAAACUGUUGGGCUGACCCUCAUGCAACCAAACCUUUUGUGAAAUUGGCCCGUUAUUUGUGAAAUGGUAGGCACAGCGUUUCUUGUAUUCAGAGGGCUCUUUUCAUGUAAGGUUUGGGCAUUAACCAAAUGGUUAGAAAAAUCUUUACUUUUUGAAGAGUCGGUGUAGGGGGUGAAAUAAAGGAAUCCUUUAAAUCUGUCAAAUCUGCUUUUGUCUUCCAAGAUCCAGUAUUUUAUUUCUCACUCUCUAAAAUUGAAAGGGAUUUGAAGGAAAGAUUAAAUUUACAUCUUGCUCUCAAAUCCAUCUUUUAUUUAGUCUGAUCACCCUAACAAAAGUUUAUAUGAAUAAAAAGAGAAAAAUCCAACAAGCAUAAUAGAGAUGUAAAUUAAGGAAGAACAUUUUUAAAGUUUGCUUAAUUUCACAGAACUGUUAUUUGCACAUCCUGGUUUGUAUGCCAAUGAGGGGACUCGUGAUGUCACUUACUAUUUCUUUUGUAUUUUAUUUUAUGAAAUGUUCUAAAUUUUCCCUAAUUGUUCUGAGAAACAAAGUGUUGUUUUUUUCCUCCCUGAACGUGUGGAAUUACCAUUGUUUUAACGUGGUAUGGUUCAGUCAAGUUGGACUUUAUGAUCAAAUCUGUAAAACUUUGAAUAUUUUAUUUUCAAAUAAAAACAAACGAAAAAGUGAUUGAGGGACAUCAUUUACUCUUUCAUAUGCAUUUCACUGAGUUGUGCAUAUAAUGUUUUGUGGAAAAUAAGCAAAAUCUUAAAAUGUCAUAAUUUUCAUAUUUUACUUCCAAGUUCCAAUAUACUAGUAAUAUAUUGAUAAAAUUUUCACUUAUUCUUGCUAUGUUUUUCUAUAUUGAUUCAAAUCAACAUUUUUCUGAGGUGGACUCGACCUUUAAAUAAUUCAGUUUCUGUCACGGUAGGAAUACCCUGUAUCUUUUUUGUUUGCUUAUACAGACUGUUUUCAUAUCAGUUACCAUGUGUGUGUAUAUAUUCAAGAUCAAACAUAUGUAAUAUGUAAAUAUUUUGUAAAAUAAAUGAAUAAUGUAUAUUCCAAAAAUAAUAA